AUGCCUCAGCCGACAAUAGCCCUUGGCCAGCCGACUGCGUCCGUGCCGUCGAUCCUCACCGCUUCAUCCCAGGGCACACAGGCAACCACACAAUACACGCCUGCUACAACCGCUAGCAACGCAUCAUAUGCGUAUACCCCCAGUCAGUACAAUAAAGGGGCGACGACAAGCUACGCGCCCGUCACAGCCAACCCUUCGGCACAGGGUAGCUAUUCCCAAUCGUACGCUGCUCGAGCCACAUCAAGCACCGCCUCUGGUUCCGGUUCCGCGUACAACUAUCCGGCCACGUCAUCUUCCACUGGCGCGAAUUAUCCCACCCCUGGUUCCGCGUACUACCAACAGCCUACGUCGUCUGCCACGGUAGGGAAUUAUCCAGCCUCCGGUUACCCGCACAACCAACCGGCCACGUCGUGGGCUGGAGGGGAUUAUGGCAUUACUGGUACAGGUGGGGCCACCUACUCUACUGCUGAAUCGACCCAGCAGGAGUGGCCGGAACGCUACAAGGACCAGGCGUCUGGGAGGUGGGUGAGAAUGAACCAUGCAACAGGGGAGUACGAGUGGGAGCAGUAG